ACCUCUGUAAUUUGUCUAGAUCUAGCUGGAUUCUGUCCCUCCCCUCCAGCAUGCCCACCUCACCCCACAACUUGGUCCAGCCGACUCACAAAGUUUUAUUCCCAAGUUCGUGUUUGGAAGGGGGUGGGUGGACUUCCCUUGAGCACAUGGCCAGCGAGGUCGGCGACAGCACAGUUGUUCACGGUUGCGUCUUUUUCUAAAACCCGGUCAGCAUAAACACCCCCAGACCAGCAGAUCGAUUUCACCCUUUUUCUGUUUCUGAACAUCUCGCUGUCCUUGGCCAGGUUUCUACUUUGACGAAACUUGCAGCUGUUUGCUCGACUUUAACUAGUCCGUGACUUGUUAGUGCCCUUGGUUGCUAUGCCGCACCUCGCAAGUGCGGACACUGGCAGUUUUUAUGGUUAUGUCUCAGCCAUUUGGAAGUUGUACAGUCAUGCAUGAAGUAGCUCCUCUGCAGGCUUUGUGACCCCCAUGCCAUGGCAACUUCUCACCUUUCCAGUUGGAUCUCUACGGAAGUCAUGGACCUUCUCACCCUGGGGAGAAGAGGCGAACAUUGCAGGAGCCAGGAGUCAGUCCAAACAGCACAAGUGACAUGAGGCGUAGCUCGACCCCACAGGUCCGUCUCACAGGACAUCCCUGCAGCACAAUCCUCCUUCUGCCCCUGGAUUCUUGAGCCCAGAGGUGUCACUACACAGAGUGAAGCAGUUUCAAGAAAAGUACCUCCUGAUGUAGCAUCUCUUCUUGCUGUCAUCCUCCAUGUUCUCAUCUAUGUUCUUACUGUUCUCUAGGUCGCAAUGGAGGCAGGAAGGAGGAAGCUGUAACUGCUGUUGCUCGAGCUAUUUCAUGUUUGGUAGAUUGGUGGGUGACUUGCAAAGCUGUGGGGCUCUGGGUGACAUCCAAGCAAACUGCAGCAUGUUUCUGACCUAUGGCAGCAUGGCAUGCAGAGAUGUCUCAUGUAUGACAGUCUUUUAGGAGUUUGAAAAAGGUGCUGUCCACUUGAAGAGAGCCCGGUCUCAUAGGGAAGAGAGGGAAGCCUCAUGGGACUUUUAGCAUAUAUCUGUACCACUUCCAUGGGAUUCUUGAGAGUGCCACUGAGAAGUACAUCCUGCCCAUGCGUUCCUGCAUGUUUACAUGCACCAGAUCUGGAAAUAAGGCAGUAAAGAUGCUCUGGCAGCACCCUUUGCCAUCACUCUCAUGCUUGCUGGAGACAAGAGAUCUCAAGAGUGGCAGUAGAGGGCACCCCAGCGGACAUCCUCACCAGCUCGUUUCUACUUGGUACAUGUGGGGUAGGAGGCACAACAUAUUUCUCAGCAACUCCCUUGAAUGUGCUGUUAAAGAAUAUAUAGACAUACCCCUGGAGUUUGAACCCCAAAGCUGCCUUCUGCCACGUACCAUGAGGACAGUGGCUGGGUUGUGAGAGCUUUGCAAAUGCGCGUGGGACGCACCUCCAAAACACUGACCACGUGCUUCCUAUGUGUACAAGCAGUGACUUUUAAUAGUGUCCAUUUGAAUGCAUUUACACUGAAGAGAUGACAUCAAAAUUUUUCAAUCAGAGGAUUGUACUUUAGUAUAAAUGCCUUGGUGUGGAUAAGCCAUUGUGAAAGGACCCCUUUCUUCCCUUGGAAUGGAUUUCCAUACAUGCGGGGUAGUUGUACAUUUAAAUAUGAAUGAUUUUACCUAGUGGUUAUAGACAUGUUUCAAAAUGUAGUGACACAUUUGUAUGCAUCUAGCAUUGAGCUGGCAGUAAUGAUCUUCCUUUGCAUGCCUACAGCACAUGAACUUAGGUGCACGAUAAAUGGAUUUUAUCCCAUGGCUGUGCAAUUUAUAAGUGGAUAGUUCUGGGACUUAAAUGAUGUCUUUAAAAUGACACAUGCAACAACAACCUUGAUUCAGGCUUGUGCAUAUUAAUUAUACAGUCUUAAAUGAUAUCAUUGCUAUUUUUCUCUCUUGUGCACAACGGCUCUUAGCUACUCUUCCUCGUCUAAGCUCAAUUUGCCUCUGCUGUCUUCCUGCUUUGGUCCCUUUGCCCAGCCAGUCCCAGUUCUCUUCCUAUACCCAUCUUGAACUAGUUUCUAGGCACUGACAUCUUGACUAGUUAAUCGCAGUCAGUCUUCUUCUCUGCCUCUAGAUCCUUGUACUGUCUGUAAUCUGUCCUCCACAGAGGUUCCAGUCUCUUUCCACCCAACUCCAGUCCCACUCUCACCAGACUCCCUACCCCAGUCCAUUUACUUUCUUCCUGGUCCCGCUUUUAUUUUUCCAUCUUCAUUUAGUUCAAGCAGCUUCCUACUCCACUCUGCCUGGGUGCCAGCAGGGAGAUUAUUGAGUGCCAGCAGGGAAAUUAUUGAAGGGACAAAGGAGACAAGCUCCUCACUCCAGUAUCUUGUACCUUGUUCCACUAGUGCCCAUAGUAGCUACUACAGGGCAAGUCUGGCAUGGCUCUGGGGUAGUCCUGGGUGGAGUGUGUUCCUUCACCCUGUGGGAAUGGAAUAUGUACUGUGUGGUCAUGUGUUGGACCUACAAAGGAGAUCUAGGAGUUGGGAGAGGCUGGAGGCUGUUCAGUAUACACAGACUACAGAGUUUUCAGGGUUUGGGGUUUUGUUCUGUUUUUUUCAAAGGCCUGUAGCUUGGCCAAAUUUGGGUGGAUUUUCACAGCACUAGCCUGGAAGCCAGUCCCUAUGAGAUUUCAAGUCCCUAUUCCAAACCAAGCAGAUCUUAGAGCAUUUAAAAGAAAAGGGUCACCAACAUUUGAUAAUAAACAACUUAUUUUUUUUAACCUCCUUCUCCCAAAUGGCUGAACUAUUUUGGAUGACACAAAUGGUCAGACUAAAGCACCCGGAAUUAAAUAUUUCAGCCUGUAUGCUUAAAGUUUGCCAAACUUAUAAGCAGCCAAAGAGCAUAGGGUUACAAUAGGAAGUGUCAGGAAGCUUUAAUAGGAGAUGGCACUAUCAGCCCUGUCUAUAAUAAAAUGAUUAUAUAUCUUCCAUUCAUGCAGUGCUUUUCUCGCAGUCUAGGCUCCCAGUCAAAUGCCUGUUCCAUACCCCCCCUGCCUUGGUUUACACUGAUCGCUUUCUGCUACUGAGACGGAGCUGCAGUGAAAAGUGAAAGAUGCCACUCUUCUUCCGUAAAAAGAAGCCUAGUGAUGAUGCCCGGAAGCGCCUUGAAUACCAAAUGUGCCUGGCAAAAGAAGCUGGUGCUGAUGACAUUCUUGAUAUAUCAAAGUGUGAACUCCCAGAGAUUCCUUAUGGGGCUUUUGCAACAUGUAAGGUCUUGCAGAAAAAGGUGCUGAUUGUUCAUACAAAUAACCUAACAUCUCUGGUUCCAAAGUCUUGCAGCAUUCAGAGUCUCAUAACUGUGAAGAGGCUGGCAUUUUCCAGAACCCUUCAAGAAUAUGGUCAACUGACAUUUCUCCAGGUCCUAAAUAUUGAAAGGAAUCUCCUAAAAUCUCUUCCACAGUCUAUAGGGGACCUUGCCCAACUCCAGACACUCAAUGUGAAAGGCAAUAAGAUGAAGGAGCUGCCUACCACUCUGGGAGGCUUGCGCAGCCUGCGCACACUUGAUGUCAGUGAGAACCACCUGCAAGAGCUUCCACCGGUUCUGGCUCACAUCCGCACGCUGGAGACGCUGACCCUGGAUGCUUCAUCCAUGACAUAUCCACCAGCUGAUGUUUGCAGUGCUGGCACAGAGUCUAUCCAGCAGUUCCUGUGUAGAGAGUCUGGAAUCGAGUACAGUCCUCCCUCCCAGUAUCUACUUCCUGUUCUGGAGAGUGAUGGAGGAGAAACUUCUGUGGAUGGGGUCGAUCAGACCACAUGUAAAUACAUGGAAGAAGAGGGCAAAUGGCAGAACAAAUUCUUGGAUUAUGAGAAGCGGAAGGAACAGAAAAUGCUGGAGAAACUGGAGUUUGAGCGUCGCCUGGACAUGGGGCAGAGAGAGCACGCCCAGCUCAUGCAGCAGAGCAGCAAUCAGAAAGAUGAGAUACUACAGUCAGUGAAGGAGGAGCAGGUGAGGCUGGAGAAGGGCCUGACAAAGCACCAACGCUACUUGGAGAGUGAGCGUCUGAAGCUGCUGGAGCAGCUCAAGCAGACAGAGCAAGGCAUUGCCAGCCGAAUCCAAAAGCUGCUCGAGGAGAAUCAGAGGCAAAAACAAAGUUCAGAAAUUCUGAAAUCCUUGGAGAAUGAGAGAAUAAGGAUGGAACAGCUGAUGGCCAUAACACAGGAGGAGACUGAGCAUCUACGCAAAAGGGAUGUGGCCUCUGCCAUGCAGCAAAUGCUGGCUGAGAGCUACAAGAACAAAUUCAUCCAAAUGACCUAUGAAUCCCGCCGGCAAGACCUUGUCAAUCAAGCCUGCUCCAGCCUGGCAGAGAUGGAUCAGAAGUUCCAGCAAAUCCUGGCUUGGCAGCAGCUGGACCAAAGCAAGGCCAUUAGUCAGAUCUUGCAGGAGAGUGAAAUGCAGAAAGCUGCCUUUGAAGCCCUUCAGGUGAAGAAAGAUCUCAUGCACAGACAGAUCAGGAACCAGAUUAAGUUAAUAGAGACAGAGUUAUUGCAGCUGACACAGCUGGAGUUAAAGAGGCAAGAACUGGACACAGAGACGCUGCAGGAGGUGAUAGCAGACCAACGCCAAGCCCUUAGUAAUCUGCUGCAGCAGCUACUCAAAGAGAAGAAACAAAGGGAAGAGGAACUGCACCAAAUCCUGUAUGAGAUGGAAGCAAAAAGUGAAACAAAACAAGAGAACUACUGGCUGAUUCAAUACCAGCGCCUGCUAAACCAGAAACCUCUCUCCUUGAAGCUCCAGGAAGAGGGCAUGGAAAGGCAGCUGGUAAACCUGCUCAUUGAGCUCUCAGCUGAACAGUAUAUGCCGAUCUUUGCACAUCAUCGGAUAUCAUUGGAAAUGCUCGGCACCAUGACCACCAGUGACCUGGAAAAGAUCGGAAUUACAGAAACUGGCCUGCAGCACACCAUCCUUAGGCGAGCCCAGGAGAUCCUGGCUGUGGCUGAAACAAUCCCAGAGCUGUUGAAGAGAACUGAGGCUGAGGUCCCAGCCACACCAGAGCCCAGUGCCCCCUCAGAAGAAAUCCCCAGUGCUGUGUUCCCUUCUGCUGCACAGCUGGAGCUGGAUGAGAGGAGGUCGGAGUGUGUUGUCUGCAUGGAACGGGAGGCCCACAUGAUCUUCCUGACCUGUGGCCACGUAUGCUGCUGCCAGACGUGUUGUGAGGCCCUGCGCACCUGCCCCCUCUGCCGCCAGGACAUCGUGCAGCGCAUCCGCAUCUUCCACAGUGGCUAGCGGGAGCAGAGCUGUUCCACUUGCAGGGCUCGGGAUGCUGCUAGCCAGGAGGCCAAGGAGAGUUUAGCCCCCUGCCCUGGUCUGCAUCCCCCUAUCAGUGCAUUAGCCAACCGCUCCUGAUGUGAAGCUCCCACAUGCACUAUAUUGGCCCCUCUGAGCCUUAGUCUGCUGUGGGAAGGACUGGAAUGGGCACUGUCACCUCUUCCUCACAGGUGUAUGGCUCCUCUGGCUGACUGCCUUUGUAUGUGCAUGUAGGCAUGCCCCUCCUUCCCUGCAGCAACCCUUUGGUCCCUGAAAUGCACCCCCCAGCACCGCACCAUGGGAAAGCAAACCUCGCUGACUGACUCCUGUUGUCUGAGAACAUCUCAAGUUCCCCCAAGUGUCUGGUUUCUGACUCCGUUGCCUUUAGGCUCCCCUUUCUGUGUGUGUUUGUGUCCCUGAGAUUCCUGUCUGGUGUCCUCUCCUGGGGCUGAGCAGACAAGGUCCUCUCCUUAAUUUAUUUAUUUGCCCUCAGAAUCAUGCUUUCGCAGCACCUGGGAACAGCCUGUCCUCUCAGUCACAAAGGAGACAGGUUUGAUUGGUCUUUGUAGCUCCCUUCUCAUUGAUGCCCAGGGUACUCAGUGGAAGGGGCGAUGAACUCUCUGGGAAAAGCACUUGGCAGCAGGUGUGUGAUUUGGUGGGAACCCUGCCAGUCCCUCACACCCAAGCUGCUUUCAUGCUCUGUGACCCAGGCUUUGGCAACAAGCACCGCAAGGAUCUGACCCUUAAGCCGACAGCCUUGUGCAGCUACUUGGGACUGGUAGGAACUGACAGUGGAGCAACCCCUCCUUUUGAUGCUGCUCCCACUGAAGGGCAAGGGCCCAUGUGCCUCUCAGCUUGGAGCAGAGUGGAGUUGGCUCUACCAUCAGGCACAGAGGGGCUCUUCUCUGAAUGGAAAAAACUACCCCAGCCUGUAUCAUUGACUGCAGCUGACCUGGUUGUAAUGAAGUGGCAGUUCAGGGAGGCACCUCCUUUAUUCUCCGGAGCUGGGGUGGUCAUGAACCGAGCAGCCUGUGUCAAUGGAAUGGCUGGAGGGAUGACAGCCAAGCUGCACCCCCGUUUUGACGGUGUCAACUCUUCUCAUGGAAUUGUUUCAGGUUUGGACCUGAAGCUGGUUUGUAGAGGUGGCCAGCACUGGAAUUGUGGGCCUAGCCAGGAGUUCCCAAGACUCUUGCCUCUUCUGGAGUAUUGCUGCUACCUCCACAAAACCAACUGGUGGUGAUGUAGCUGUGUGUUCUUGUAAUAACCUCAGGCUGGAGCUAGCUGGGGAUGAUGGAAGCAGGAAAGCCAAGACAAGAGGCCUGCUCAGACCUGAGGACAGAAAGAGCCUGCACAACUGGAUUUUGUUACUGGCCAAUUUCAACUCCUGUGUCAUUUGGAUGAACUUCUUUUGAUGCCCAUUUCCUCCAGUGGGG